AAAAGGAAGACCAGUGUCUCAUGCCUGAAGCUUGGAAUGUCGACCAGGGAGUAAUAACCAAACUCAAGGAACAAUACAAAAAGGAGCGCAAGGGGAAAAAGGGGGUUAAGAGGCCCAACAGGUCAAAGCUGCAAGAUAUGCUUGCAAACUUGAGAGAUGUUGAUGAUCUCCCUUCAUUACAGCCAUCUGUUGCACCUUCUUCUAGGCCCAGUAGCUCAAGGCUCAUUGAACAUGAGAUAAACAGGACGGAUGAAGUGGAAGCUUUAACAUUCCCUCCUUCUUCAGGGAAGUCUUUCAUUAUGGGAACAGAUGAAGCCCUUGAAAAUGAGCUGGGUCUUGGAGAACUGGCAGGCCUUACAGUAGCCAAUGAGGCAGAUUCACUGACUUACGAUAUAGCAAACAAUAAGGAUGCAUUGAGAAAGACUUGGAACCCCAAAUUCACAUUAAGAAGUCACUUUGAUGGAAUAAGAGGUCUCGCUUUUCAUCCAGUUGAACCAGUCUUAAUAACAGCUUCAGAGGACCAUACAUUAAAAAUGUGGAAUUUACAAAAAACAGCCCCAGCAAAAAAGAGUGCUUCUCUUGAUGUAGAGCCAAUAUAUACCUUCAGAGCACAUAAUGGACCAGUGCUCUGUGUGGUGAUGAGCAGUAAUGGUGAACAGUGUUACAGUGGGGGAACAGAUGGCCUCAUUCAUGGCUGGAACACAACCAACCCGAACAUCGACCCCUAUGACUCUUAUGAUCCUUCUGUUCUAAGAGGUGCUUUUGUAGGCCAUACCGAUGCAGUGUGGGGUCUGGUUUACAGUGGAGCACACCAGCGUUUGCUGUCCUGUUCAGCAGACGGCACUAUACGUCUAUGGAAAGCUACAGAAAUUGCUCCAGCUCUCAAUAUAUUUAAUGAUAAUCAAGAAAUGGGAAUCCCUUCAUCAGUAGAUCUUGUGAGCAGUGACCCAAGCCUCAUGGUAGCAUCAUUUAACAGUGGACACACUAGCAUUUUUAACAUGGAGACACGGCAACGAAUUCUUACCCUGGAGUCCAGUGUAGAUACUACAGUCAGUUCCUCCUGUCAGAUAAACAGAGUCAUCAGCCAUCCAACUCUUCCAAUUAGUAUCACUGCUCAUGAAGACAGACACAUCAAAUUCUACGACAACAAUACAGGAAAACUGAUCCACUCCAUGGUAGCUCACUUAGAUGCAGUUACAAGUUUAGCUGUUGAUCCUAAUGGCUUGUAUUUGAUGUCUGGCAGUCAUGACUGUUCGAUUCGCUUGUGGAAUCUUGAAAGCAAGACCUGCAUCCAAGAAUUUACUGCUCAUCGCAAAAAAUUUGAUGAGUCCAUUCAUGAUGUGGCAUUCCAUCCCUCCAAAUGUUAUAUUGCCAGUGCAGGAGCAGAUGCCCUUGCUAAAGUGUUUGUAUGACAGAGUGCUUCCCUUUCAACUCUAGCUUUGUAUACAUUUAACCAGCUGCACAAAAGAGAAGAGGAGGGCAUGAGUCAUCUUAUCCUGCCCUAUAAUUCAGAGAAUGUUUGUAAGUGUUUAGUUUUGCAGGGUGCUGUUUUCUAAAUUGAUGUUUGUUCUGGUUUCUGUGAGCUCAGCUGGUGCUGAGAGCUUGGAAACUCUCAGUUUCAAAUAGUU